UUCAUAAAAGGAAUGGCGUGCGGCUGUUUUCGGUGGAUAGUACUCUUUGUUUUAUCUGUUAGGUGUUCAACCUCGCUGACAAUUUGCAAAUCAAAAAUUUGUGCUGACGGGAAAACAAUAUUUUUGAGUGGAGUGAAUCAAGCUUGGGAAAAUUAUGGAAAAGAUUUCGGAAAUAAAAAUUUCAAGAAGGCGAAAUCUCGAUUGACAUCUGUGCUUUCAGAUAUACAUAAAGCUGGAGGAAAUUCCAUUCGUAUCUUUCUUCACACGGAUGCUUCGAGCACUCCUCAAUUCACAACAACUGGAUUUGUAACUGCCGCGGAUUCCAAUAACAAUCACAUAGUUAGUGAGAUGAAAGAAUAUUUGGAUGAAGCAAAGAAGCAUAAAAUAUAUGUGUUUUUUGUUUUGUGGAAUUUUGCUGUUUUUAACUCAGUUCAUUCCAAAAAGAUUUCCGGUCUCGUGACCGACGAAAAGAAACUCAGAUCGUAUAUUGAUGAAGCUCUUAUUCCAAUUGUGAAGGGAUUGAAAGGACAUGAAGCACUUGGAGGAUAUGAUAUUGCUAAUGAGCCAGAAGGGGCUAUUUUAGCAAAUCAAUAUCAUAGAAAUCCGUGUUUCAACACGAAACGUCUCAAGAAUACAGGGGUUGGAUGGUGGCAGAAAACGCAAAGACGUGCACCAUUGUUUUCGAUGCAACAAAUGUUACGGUUUUUGAAUUGGCAAGCUCAUGCGAUAAAAACGCAUGAUCGGACUGCAUUGGUGACAGUUGGUGCUUGGAGUCAGAAAACAGUACAUGAGCUAACACCUGAUAGCUACAAUUAUUAUUCGGAUAAAUGUUUAAUAGCGUCUGGUGGUUUGUUGAAAUAUCGGGGAAAACUGGAUUUCUACCAAAUGCAUACUUAUACGUCGAAACGCUCUUAUGACGAUAAAUCGCCCAUGGAGAUUUGUGCCGCCACACAUAAUUUGGAUAAACCUAUUGUGAUCGGAGAAUUCAGUGAAUCCGGGGGUGACGGCAGAAAAAUUGAGAGACUUUUUAAACAUGCUUAUUAUGGGGAAUAUGCUGGUUGCUGGAGUUGGCAUGCAAAGGGAACUGGAAACCACAGCGACAGUUUCACUGUCCAAAAGAGAGGUCUGAUGUCAAUUUCUGGUUUAUCCUCAAACUAGUACACAAAGGGGCUGACAUGUAAUUUGGGCUGGAUUUCAAAGUGGAUUGCAAAAAUUGGGUGAUAUAACGCCUAGAGUUCAAUUAUAUUCUUGUUUCAAUAUAAACAAUGAUAGAAUUACUUGUUGAUUAUAUUAAUAUUCGUGCAGCAUUUAUUCUGUGAGAUUGACUACAAACUUUAUAAGAUGUUGUAGCCUAUAUAUAGUUCAUGAGUUACUCAGCCUGUCAGUAUACAAAAUCAAUUACUUUAAUUAUUAUGCUACCUGUGCUUCUAAUGGUUUCAUCAUCGAUGCAGUAAACACCCUCAUUGAGUAAAUCAUUAAACUGAAUGACAUAAUGGCUGUGAAUGAAACAAUUGUUAUUGUGGGCAAAAGGACAACAACACUCUAAGUUUCCUUGCAUGUUAUUGUUGCAUCUUGUGAGGAAGAUAUUCCAUACGUGACAAGUAUCAUAGUAACCAAGAAUAAUGGAAAUA